AUGUCGACCACGUCCCUCCUUAUCGCCGGCCUUCUGGCCUUCGGCCAGCAAGUCAGUGCCGCCCCGGCCAACAAGACCAAGUGCGGUGGCAGCGGUGGUAUUCACCCCGUCAAGCAGGUCCAGCUUGGACCUCGCCCCUACUUCCUGGUCAAUGACAUGGACGCCGGCCCGCUCAAGGACAAGCUGCUCUCUUGCUCCGAGAUGUCCAUGAAGCCCACCGAGUUCAGCAUCGGCCACCGUGGCGGCGGUACCAUGCUCAUCCCCGAGGAGACCGUCCAGUCUCAGCUCGCCGGUGCCCGCAUGGGCGCCGGCAUCCUCGAGUGCGACGUCGCCUUCACUGCCGACCGCCAGCUCGUCUGCCGCCACGACGUCUGCGACCUGCACCGCACCACCAACAUCGUCACCAUCCCCGAGCUCAACGCCAAGUGCACCAAGCCCUUCGAGCCCGCGGCCAACGGCAAGAAGGCAUCGGCCAAGUGCUGCACCAGCGACAUCACCCUCGCCGAGUUCAAGACGCUCUGCUCCAAGAUGGACGGCGAGAACACCGCGGCCACUAACGCCAAGGACUACCUCCGAGGCACCUCGCGCGCCAGCACCGACCUCUACGCCACCUGCGGCAAGGUCAUGACGCACAAGGAGUGGAUCAGGCUCGUCGACCAGCUCGGCCUCAAGUUCACGCCCGAGCUCAAGACGGCGCCCUUCAAGAUGCCCUUCAAGGGCAACUACACCCAGGCGCAGUACGCGCAGCAGUUCGUCAACGAGUACAGGGAGAUGGGCAUCGACUUCUCGCGCGUCUGGCCCCAGAGCUUCCUCUACGACGACAUCCUGUACUGGCUCAAGAACGAGCCCGAGUUCGCCAAGCAGGCCGUCCUGCUCGACGAGAGCGGCGACUCGGCCGCCACCUUCCCCAAGGCCGUCGCCGCCCUCGAGGGCUACCGCAAGGCCGGCGUCAACGUCAUCGCGCCGCCGCUGCCCUACCUCGUCAAGCUCGACGGCAACAAUCAGAUCGUGCCGUCCGCGUACGCGACCGAGGCCAAGCGCCUCGGCUUCAAGAUCAUCACCUGGACUGUCGAGCGCUCGGGCAUCCUGAGCGACGGCUCCGGCGGGGGCUUCUACUACACGUCGAUCGCCAACGCGACCAACAACGACGGCGACGUGUACAACCUGAUCGACGUGCUGGCUCAGCAGGUUGGUGUCGUGGGCAUCUUCUCGGAUUGGUCUGCUACUGUGACUUACUACGCCAACUGCUUUGGCAUCUUCCCAAACCAUUAA